CCCAUAUUCAUUGCGCAUAUUUAAUGCCCACAAACUCUACUUUUAGACUCAUAAUUUAAAAAAUGGAAAAGCAAAAAUGUGAAUGGAGGGCCACCUAGUAGCAAAUCUAAAGCAGUGGCCUACAACUUGUCUAACAAAAAUCUAAAAACCCAUCUUCAAGCUUCACGUAACAGGCCCAUAAUAAUAACAUGCCCAUCUUCAAUAAUAACAUGACCUACGCCGCACUCCCCCUCCCUGUUAGAGUUUUGGCAAAACUCCAAUGGUUAAGGUAGCGCAUGGGACAAAGGCGAUUGGCUUGGCGGCUAGCUGGGCAGCAGAUCAGAUGGAUCGGGAUGUGGUGGUGCGCAUAGAUCGGUACGGCGGCGGCGGCCUUGUCUACGGAUGGCGGCGACGCACUUGUCUAGGGACGACGGUGGGGGCUGGUGGUUUCGGUCUGGGCGGUGGCUGCGACAAGGAGGCGUGGGGCUGGGGUGGCCGAACAAUCAAGCGACUGGCUGCAGCGACCGUUCUCUUAGACGACGGCCCAUGGGACAGCGACAGACGGCGGGGCAUGGGGCGGUAACGGCAGUAGCAUGCUGCUGCGGGUGGAUCUCUGGAGGGGUGAGAAUGAAGGUUAGGGUUGAAGAAAAUAGUAGGAUCUUAGGAUUUUAUAGAUAUAAUUUAAUGGGUACAUGUGUUCACCUAAAUUAUUUAUUUACUUAUUAAUUACGAAUUUUAAUUGAAUAUUAUGAUUUUUAAUAUUAUUUUAGUAAAAAAACUAGUUAGGUCUGAUGAGAUCCGGUGCAUUAGUGCUGGUAUGAUCGCUGGUGCAAAAAGUGAGGAAGUUUUCUAAAAAAAUAUGUGAUUUUGUCAAGAUUUAUAGAUCUAUUUAAAAGAUCAUGGAUAAAAAGAGGGAAAACUAUCAAAUAGGUGCUUCUACUAUAUCAAAAAAGUUAAUUAAGUCCUCGUACUUUAGAAUCAAUCAAUCUAGCCCCAACUCAUAACAAAUGUUCAACUGGGCCGUUUAGCAGGUGAAGAACAAGUUUGCGGGUUGCAAGGCUACAUGGACCUCCAUUUGGCUAUGUUUUUCUUUUUCGUUUUUUUUGUUCCUUCUUUCUUUCUUCUGGCCGUUCGCACACUCAUGAGUCAUGACUCAUUUGCACCUACACACCAAAGAGAAAAUGAAGAAUCAGAAAUCUUUCUCUUUAAGGCUCUCCGCCCAUUAUUCUUAUUGAUCUUCAUUCUAAGUGAGCUUUCCAGUUCUCAAACCUCUUCCCACAAAGGAGAUGAACUAAAUCUGGAAUUGCUGCCAUCUUCGGAGUUGUAGCUUGUGGCCGCCAUCGCCAGAAUCAUUCCUCACUCACAGGCUAAGCAAAUGGAGAGGUGCGGCUAGAUCUACGCAGUGGCGUCUUGCAAGAUGGAUGAAAAUGAAGGCUGACUGGACUAAGUUGCAGAGGACGGCGAGGUAGACACCGGCACACAGGUGUGGUCGAAGAGGAUGCCGAAAAUGCUCUGCGUGAACAGAAUGGAGGAGACGAAGGGAGGAUACAAACAUUGGGAACCUUACAAUUGCGUCUGCGAGUGGUGGGUCGGUGGCCGGCCGUCGAGUGUCAAAAACAUUGGGUGUUGCUGCCGAGGAAGGUGAGGAACGGUGAGGGAUGCUGACAGAGGGGGUUUAAUGCACCAACCUGUGAUAUGGAAAUUCGGCGCAUUAGCCCCUGUGAUUUGAAAAAUGCGUGAAACUCCCCUGUGUUUUAAUAAAUUAUACACAAAAUCUCUUUUAUGAAUAAAUUCAAUUGUCAAAUAAAAGAAAAAUUAUUAAUAUUUUUAAAUGAUUUAGACAUUUUGACAUAUUUACUUUCAUAUUCAAUCAAAAUAUUAGAAAAAGUGAUUUUCAAAUCAUUAAAUUUAUUUACAAGAGGGGUUUUGUGCAUGAUUUAUUAAAACACAGGGGGUUUCACGCAUUUUUCAAAUCACAGAAGGCUAAUGCGCCGAAUUUCCAUAUCACAGGGGAGUUUGGUGCAUUAAACCCGACAGAGGGACAUGGAAGAGAAAGAUUAACCAGAAGACAAGUUGGAAAAAUAAAGAAAACUAAAAUAAUAAAGACUGGUUGGAAAAAUAAGCUAAAAAUAAAAUAUAAAAACACUAAAAAAAAAGCCACGUGGAUAGUCCACGUAGACGGUCAACCGGGAAACUUGUUCUUCAUCGGCUAAACGACUCAAUUGAAAUUUUUUUAUGAGUUGGAGAGCUCAAUUGAUUGAUUCUAAGGUACGGGGACCUAAUUGACUUUUACGACAUAGUAGGAGGAUUUAUUUGACAGUUUCCCCUUAAUCCAUUUCAUUACACGGUCAAAAUCUCACCGCUUGGGAGACUUGAUCGGUUGUGGUGGGCCUGUGGCAUCCACAACCUCAAUAUUGCGGCCCACAAUUUAAAAUCCGGAUUCCUUCAUUUAGGUAACUAGUAUCUUUACCCGUGGCGUGCACAGGAUAAAGUGAUUUUAUUUUUUAAUUUUAGUCUAUGUGUGCGUGUGUACGGGUGUAUGUAUGCGUUAUUAUAAUUAGCGGAAAGUCUUUUAUUAAAUCGA